AUGGAAUUAUGGGCUCUUGGUAUAACCGCCAUUGAAUUAGCUGAGAGACAACCACCAAUGUACGAUUUGCAUCCCAUGAGAGCUCUCUUUCUCAUGUCUAAAUCAAGUUUCAAACCACCCACCUUGAAAGAUAAACAUCUAUGGUCGCAAGAGUUCCAUAACUUCAUUAAAUCAGCUUUAACCAAGAAUCCCAAAAAGCGUCCUUCAGCGGAAAAACUUCUUUGUCAUCAAUUUGUCCAAGGUGAUCAUCUAACAAAACGUUUAACCAAAGAGCUCAUCGAAAAAGCUCGUAAUCCUCAUUCGUUUGACAUGCAUCUUCACCAUGAUCUGGAUCCAGAUGAGGCCGAAGAAAUUGUUCACGUUCCUCGACGUAUACCUUCCAAAAAACCCUCAACAAACCGAAAGUCAAGACCAUUAUCAGAAAUUAAAGCUGAUGGAAUUGUCUUUAGGCAUACAGAAUGGGAUGAUUUUUCAGUCGAAAGUCCCAGCAAAUUUCCAGUUACAGAAGAAUCUUACAUAGGUCUCUCAGAAGAGGAUCCUGACAGAAAUCUAUUGUGGCAAGAGAGUAGGAGCUUACUCGAAGAAAUGGAUGAAGAGCUGACUCAGAGGGGUGUCAAAACCAGUUUAUCGACUCUUUACUCAACACAAUCAACUCUUCCAGUUGAAUCCUUACAACGAUCUUCAUCAAAUCAACUAUCACACCCGGGAUCGGACAGAUUAAGCUCUUCUGUCCUGUUUGGGUGGAGAGGGAUAGAAACAGAAGAUGAAGGGCUACUUGAUACCGAAGGAUAUGGUUCAUCCACCUUUGUGCUUGGUAGCCUUCGUACAGAUUAUAACAAUCAUGGAUCUCGAUUUAUUUCCAACUAUGAGACCCCAAGAUUUGAUAAAGAUGCUCUUGUCCGUUGGAAUAAUGAUACUCUUGAAAAUCUAUUGGACGAGAUUUGCUCUGAGCAACCUGAUAAUAACCCUAAUAACAAUGAAUUCGAGGAAUUCUCAACUCCCCCGUCAACACCUAAAAUUUUAAAUGGUUCGCCACCUGAUUCUCCAACAUCAUUUACCAAUCCUUUUAUCAACCAAUCAUCAUCAACCACCGCCAAUGGAUCAAGUUCUCGGAGCGGUGAUCAUCAACCAACCGAGUCAACUAGAUUAUCUAAUGGAAACCACUCUGAGGAGAAAAGGCAGAGUAUCAGCAAUUCAAGCGGAUCAGCCUCAGCCAAUCAUCCUCCUUCAGUUCCCCCUCGUCGUAAAGAAAAAAAGAGCUUAUUAACCAAGAUGAAUGUAUCCCAGCAAUCACCAUCAUCUCAACAACCCUCACCGAGACAAACAAUUAAUGGUCUUCCUCCAACUCCUAAAGUUCACAUGGGAGCUUGUUUCUCCAAAGUUUUCAAUGAAUGUCCUUUGAUGAUUCACUGUUCUGCCAGUUGGAUUCACCCGGAAACCCGUGAUCAACAUAUCCUCCUUGGGUGUGAAGAGGGCAUUUACACUCUGAAUUUGAAUCAACUUCAUGACGCAUGUAUUGAUCAGUUAUAUCCAAGAAGGACGACUUGGAUGUUUGUUAUUAAAGAUGUUCUCAUGUCUUUGUCUGGUAAAACACCGCAUCUUUACCGUCAUGAUUUAGUUCAAUUGCAUAAUAAGAAUAGUCAUAAGUUCUCGUUACCCGUUGAUUCCAUGAUAAAUAAGAUUCCUGAGCGAUUUGUUCCUUGGAAGCUCACUGCUACUUCUAAAAUAUCUGACACAAAAGGAUGUACCAAAUGCUGUGUUGCACGUAAUCCAUAUAAUGGUUAUAAAUAUCUCUGUGGAGUCAGUCCCAAUGGUAUCUUCCUAAUGCAAUGGUACAAUCCUUUAAACAAAUUUAUGUUAUUGAAGCAAUUUGAAUUUUACCUUCCAUCAAAGCUUGAUGUUUUUGAAAUGAUGAUCACUCCUGAUUUAGAGUAUCCGAUGCUGUGUGUUGGUGUUAAACGUGGUUACGAAAAGGAUUACUUACGAUUAGAAAUUGUAAAUCUUAAUUCAUCUGCAAGCUGGUUUAAUGACGAUUUUAAUGACGGAACAGAGACUGUUAUUCAUAAAUACGAUCAGUUAAAUAUUGUAAAUGUUACUCAACUUGACAAAGAAACUAUUUUAGUGUGUCAUGACAAUAGUGUUAAACUUGUUAAUCUAGACGGUCAACUUAAAUCAAAUCGGAAACAACCUGCUGAGCUGAAGUUUGAUUUUAAAAUUGAAUCCAUAGUGAGUUUGACGGACUGUGUUUUAGCCUUUCAUAAACAUGGCAUGCAAGGACGAAGCUUCAAAAAUAAUGAAGUUGUACAAGAAAUAAAUGACGAGUCAAGAUGUUUCCGAUUACUCGGAGCUGAUAGAAUAAUUGCCUUGGAAAGCCGCGCAUCGAAAGAUUCAUCUAAUCCCACAUCAAACUUGUACAUAUUAGCUGGUCAUGAGAACAGUUAUUGAAUAAAAUCAAAUAUCUAUUUUAAAUUUG